UUUGUCAAUAAAAUGUCAUCGAAGGAAAUUGUGUUGUGAACAUUUUAAAAUUUCAUUAUUGCCAAAUAUUAGCAGAGGAAAAUUCUCUGCUUAUGUGUCAAAAAUGGCUAGCAAAAUACUAGCGAUUCGAAAUGUAGUUAAUAAGCCUUUGACUUUUUUUGUCAACAAAAUACCACAAUAUCAAACUACUGGAUAUAACCUUAAAAACAUCAGUACUACGACGAUUGCUUGCCUAAAUUUCUUUAAUAAAUUACCCGCCGAGAAAUUAUGGAAAUCAGUGACAUCUGUAAGUAAUGCUGGUGCUAAAAAAGGUCGUGGAAAAGGCGCUGGAAGGAUUCGUAUUCGAGAUUUGAAUCGUGGACAGAUAAUUGGUACUGGUAAAAUAAACAUGUUGUGGCCAGGUUUGUCUGCACCAGUAAUAAGAGGAAGAGAAUUGCUUAAACAACAACGCCUACCAGAUGAUCCUGAAAGAAUGGAGAAGCUUAUUAAGUUGAGAGAUUCUAUGACUAAGUUCAGACGAUUGAGAUUAAGCCCUAUUGAGCGAGGUUGGUCUGGUUCGCGCAUGCCAGGUCGAAGCAUUGGAGCCCCAGACCCAGUUGGAGAUGAAGAGUUCACUGGAUUUGACACUAAAGUUCUGCAACUCAGACCUCUUCUGAUUAUGAAAGGAAGUUUAGGCCGCACAAGGAACUACCAAGCUAUGGUUGUAACUGGCAAUGGUCAAGGGCUAGCUGGAUUUGGUAUAGGAAAAGCAAAGGAAGCACCUGCUGCACUAAGAAAAGCCAAGAACAGGGCUGGAAAGAAAUUAAUGAAUUUUGAAAUUUAUAAUGGCCACACAGUUUUCCAUGAUUUCUUCACAGCAUUUGGAAAAACUAAAAUAUAUGUGCAAAAGAAGAAUGAAGGACAUGGCUUAAAGUGUCACAGAGCUAUCAGAGAGAUUUGUCAAGCUAUUGGUAUUAAAGAUCUUAGGGCUAAGCUUGAGGGGUCCAAUAAUUUACAACAUAUUGUAAAGGCUUUCUUUGUCGGACUUUUACAACAGAGAACUCAUCAACAACUUGCUGAAGAAAAGAAACUUCAUUUAGUAGAGUUUAGAGCUGAAAAUGAAAAUUAUCCUAUUGUAGUUGCCAGCCCAUCAUAUGUUAGAACCAAAGAAGAAAUACCUAAAGAUGAAACAUUAGAUUUCAAUCAAUAUAUCAUGAAUGACAGAGUUAUCUUCAGGCGAAAGAAGUUCCCACGUUUCUAUGAAACAAUGCCACAUUACGAGAUAUUUCUUAAAAAAUAUGAGAAAUUCAGAAAUCAUGAAAAAAUUCGUUUAAACCUUAAAGUUGAAUAUGGAGAAGUAAAAAGUUUUCUGAAUAAUAAAUAUCCAGAACCGAAGGAAGAAAAAGAAACAUAGGUUAAUGUAAAAAUUUAGUCUAGAUGUAGUUAUAAAUGUACGAUAUUUAAAUAAAACUCUUAAAAUCAGA